AGAAAAUCCAUUUUUACCCCCAACCAGGGAAACCAAAUCACUCUGCAUGGUAUAAAACCCCCCAACCCACCUUUCCCAUUCCCAACUCCUCCACUCUACUCCCCCAUUCCCGUAAACCACCAACAACAAAACAAAGCUGCAUCAUCCAUUUGUUCAUCGCGACAAUCAAUCAUAAACACUUUAAUCAACUUCAUUCUCAUUCAAAUCCAUCAAGAUGACUGGACGCGGAAAGGGAGGAAAGGGUCUUGGAAAGGGUGGCGCCAAGCGUCACCGCAAGAUUCUUCGUGACAACAUUCAGGGUAUCACCAAGCCCGCUAUCAGGCGUCUGGCCCGUCGUGGUGGUGUCAAGCGUAUUUCUGCCAUGAUCUACGAGGAGACCCGUGGUGUCCUCAAGUCCUUCCUCGAGGGUGUCAUCCGUGACGCCGUCACCUACACUGAGCACGCCAAGCGCAAGACCGUCACGUCGCUCGACGUUGUCUACGCUCUCAAGAGGCAGGGCCGCACCCUCUACGGUUUCGGUGGUUAGAUGGGGAGAAGUCUAUUCACGAGCAUGUCGUUUUCUGCAUUUCUUUUCGCGUUCGGGUUUGGGCAAUUACAGGACUACUGGCGUUACGGCGAUGGUAAAUUUUUACCGGUUCACAAGGGAAUCAAUCAAAGAAGGUCUCGUGGCCUUCGCGUCAUUAUGAAACACCAAAUAAACAACAGAUGAAUACCUAGUGAUGGUUCUGAUGUUGAAACUUUAAUGAUAUGUUUCAUGUGCAGCGUGCUGGAAUGCAGACACUGACC